AUGUUCCCUCGGUUCCUGACCCCAGUCCAGCGAGCAGAACUAAUUACAGAUCUUGACAACAGAAGAUACAGAUUUAAAAUUCCCGCUGACUUUAUCCACUACAGGUGUCACCCUCCCUCCUCUAUGGAGUUCACCCACACCGGGGCGUGGGGAACGGGGCUUCCGGCACUCCACCAGCCCUGCGCGCCUGGGGCUUUCCCACAGGGGGCUUUCGUGAGCCAGUGAGCAGGGGCCGUCGCCCUGCUCCAGCCCAGCCACGCUGCGCAGGCAGAAGGAAUCUUCCAACCUGCCCCGGCACGCGGGGAUUUUGUGUAUGCUGCCCUGGCUGCUGUGGAAGUGGGGUUCUCCCACCCUCCGACUCCUCGGUGGCCUCCGCACCCCAACAAAUGACAGGAAGACCAGGACCCGCAGCACAGCAGCCUGCUGGGCGCGUGCUCGGUGGGACAGCCUGGGCCCGCCAGAGCUGAGUCACAGGACCAAGGUGUGCUUGCGCCACCCACGUCCCCGCGGAGUCGCUGGUGGGGCUAACCCCAGGUCGCCAGGCCGGCGUGGGAACCCGAAGACAGGGCAGCUCCACCUCCGGGGCCCGCGACCCCGGAGGCCUCGCGUCAAGCGCAGAUGCAAAGCCAUCCGGGCGCCUCCCAGCGGCUGCAGGAGCCUCCGCGCUAGUCUGCACUCCCCUCCAGCCUGUUAGACGAGCUCCUGGCGACCCCAGAGUUUCAGCAAAAGGCACAACCUCUCCUAGAUCUGGCGCCACUGGGGGAGCUGAAGGACGUGGAAGAACCCGCUCCGCCGGAACCACCUCAACCCGGAGGAACACCGGGCUCUGCGGGAGGAGCUUUAGGACGCGGGGUUGGGACGGGGUGGGGGCGGGGCGGCGGCCUCUCCUUCGCGGUGAACCUCUGGCUGGGUGUGGAGAGGCGUCGCUUCCCUUCCAGCUGACCUGUCUAGGAUCCCUGAGUUCCAGGUCCGGCGAGAGACUCGACUCAGAGCAGGGCUGUCAUUCUUUCCCGAGCAUCCCGGGGAUCCCAGAGCCGGUCCAGGCACCGGGCGGUGGACUGUCCACCGCGCAUGCGCGGGUUUGCAGGCAGCAGGCGAGGCUUUGAGACCGGCCCAGGCGGAGCUCUCAUCCCAUCUCCCCCGCCCGCCCCGCGUUCUUCAGUGGGUUGGGCGGAGACCUCCAUCCCAGGAAACACUGGCCCGGACAGCCGCCAGGCCUGCUCUCCUUUCCGCGUCUCGCCACCUCUGCCUCCCCCGGCCACCGUCACUCGCCUGCCUGUGCAUCGCCUUGGAGAGCCUGACAGCUAAAUGCAGACCCGAGACCCCGCGCAAACCGGAGUGCUGCCCUUUCUACGCGGGAGCGAACGCAGGCAGAGGUGGGGCGAGGAACGGAGACAGGGAGGGAGCGAUGGAGGGAGGAAAGAACGGAUGG